AUGUUGCACUCACUGCCUGAACCAACCCAGAAUUCACAUAGCAUCUUGACACAGCUACUGCCUAUUCCUCAGUCAUCGAAUCAUCCGGGGAGUAAGGCCAGGCAACUUUCCGACGCCGAGUGGGAGACCUUGAAGCCAUUGCUACACACACUCUACAUCAAGGAGAGCAGAACCUUGGCUGCCACCAGGAAGGCUCUUCUCGAACGUCAUGACCUUAAUCUCAGCCAGAAGCAGCUCACUAAGCGGUUCCAUGAUUGGAGCUUCAAGAAGAACGUUAAACAGCACGAGACAGAGGCAUAUUUGCUAGAGGCAGAAGCUUUGCGGGGAGAAGAAGCUUCUGUAAAUGGAGUCCGGAUCACCGCGGCCAAAUACGAACGCUGGGAAAAGAGAGCAAGAACUGAUGAGGAGCAGAAAAGCACACGUACCAAGGACCUUGUCGGGGCUUCCGAUACACCCUGUAGUAUCGCCGGUUCAGACCGUCUACUGUGCACUCUCUCAACAGAGCUUUCGAGCACUCCGAGACGUGAGCAAAGCUCGGAUUUGUUGAUCAUGUCGCCCUCGACGCGACCGGAAGACCAAGCUAACUCUUUCCCACGUCACGAUAGCCCAGAAGCCCAUCGUUUUUCAUCAUUGGCAGUCUCUUCGACCAAAGCCACAAAUCCUGGUUUCUCUGGAAGCACGCUCCCGGUGGGCUCAUUCGAGCCAGUAGAAUUCCCACCGGGUGCUUGUGGGAGCUGCUCUACCGUCCAAGAACCAGAGCACGACUUUAUAUGGCCUAAUCCCAAACAAACUCCGGAUAGCGACACCAAGAUACUGACUCGUCUCUUCUCGGCCUUGAAUAUGGAUCCUGGAAGUAUCUCAUAUAACCCACCUGUUCAAGUUGAAGCAGAAGUACUCAUGCCUACAACCGAUACCGUCUGCCUGCAAGACCUAGAGGCUCAUGUUGAUGAUGACCAAGUUGUGCCUUGGAUCGGCGAGCAGACUAUUCUCUAUGAAACGAUCUCUUCAGGAAGCGUUGAGGUCACCGGUCAACAUGAUGAGGAGACGCCUCAACAGGGCGCUAUCAUAUCGGUAUCUUACCAAUGCAGCUCAAGAAAGCGCACUACAACUGGCGCACUCAAAUACCCUUCUGUCGAUGUGAUCUUCUCAUCAUCCAGAGUGGUUGAGCUAGAUCCGUUCUCACUGGAGGUCUACCCAUUCCCGCAGGAUCAAGGAAGGCCGCUCGAGGUACAACCAAUCGUGACGCUAUACGACUCCCACCGCAUGGAUAUGAACGACUGCAUUGCCAAGAUCAAUAAGCUGGAGAGCGUUGCUUUGGGGUCGAAUGCCGCCGCGACGGAACUGAGAUGGGACCUGGCAGGAGUAUAUCACGAUCUUGGCUACCACGACGAAUCUAUAUACCAGUACAAACAGAUUCUGCCGGCAUUAGAGCAAAUAUAUGGUCAAAACUCCUGGUAUUAUAUACUCGCUAAGAUACAUCUUGCUGGACCAGUUCUUCGUCUUGGAAGGUCUCAAGAGGGCAAUCAAAUAGCUCAAGAGGCCUAUGUUCUGGCACGAAGAUUCUAUCCAGACAGCUCCUUGUAUCAGGAGGCUACUAGCGUCUUAGCAGGUUCUCUUGGAUUCCUGGAUGAUAGAACGGGUGAGGAGGAACUUCUCAAGGAGGUUGUCCAGAUCAGAUUGACCGUCUACGGCCCUAAACAUGGUGGUACCAUAACGGCCAUACGACAAUUCUGUGAAGUGAUAAAAACCACAAGAGGAUACUCGGAAAGUGAAGAAUUGUUGAGAGUCGCGCUAGAACUCAGCUCUAAUGCUACAAAUAUUUCUGAUCGGGAACAAUGUACGAUCCGCUCCAAUCUUGGUUGGUUGCUCUACCGCCAACACAAGUAUACCGACAGCGUGGCCUUGAUCAGAGAAGCAGCGAAGAUGUCAGAAAUAGUACUGGGCAUCGAACACCGGUACACGUUAGGAUGCAAGAACGUACUCUGUAAAGUUUUGAAAACCCGAAGGCUGCUUUUGGAAAGUCACGAUAUCCUUCUGGAAGUCAUCGAGGUUCAAAUCAAGAAAAUGAAAGAGAUCAGAGGCGGCACAAUCAAAGCUAUGGCCAAUCUGAGCGUUGUUCUGAUAGAGAUGAGAAAUAUAGACGACGCAUACAAGUGGAUGAAGCAAGCGUUAUGCUACUGCGUAGAAAUUGGUGGAAUCGAGAGCGACCGUGCAGAGCAGUUCUUCGAAGAUUUGAGCAGCAUCGAUGACCCGGAAGAGCAACACGAGCUCAUUCUGGACCUGUACGACAGAAUGAGGAUAGAUAUCGAUUGGCUACACGCUGUCCGUUACGACUUGGUAUUGUUCGCCUUAUCGCCACAACCAUGUUUUCUCUUACUGGACUCCUAG